CCCAGCAGAUCCAGCCAAAUGACUGGCAAAUUUUUGUGAAUGGAAUACUCAGUGACUGGAAGAUGACGUAAUUUGAGAACUUGGAGUCGCAAACUCAGUUGCGGAUUGGUUGCGUUUUGCCAACAGAUCAUGCGAUUGGCUGGCGGGGGCUGGGCGAACGCCUACACACUUUUUCCCUGGCGGUAGAUAUAAAAGGGAGUACUCGGGCAUUGAACAGCAUCACGAUUUAGAAACAUAUAUUGAGGAAACUCCCAGCACAUUUUACUGUUUCUUAAGAAGCUUUGCAUUGCAAGAGAGGACAUUAUGGUUAUGCUGAAGAUUUCAUCUUUCCUUGCUGUUUAUGCCUUGGUUGUUUGCCAGAUGGAUAGUUUCCAGGCAGCCCCACUCAGACCUGGCUUAGAGUCUAUGACAGAUCGAGUGACACUCAGUGAUUAUGAAGCUCGGAGGUUAUUAAAUGCAUUGGUGAAAGAAUUCGUACAGAUGACAGUAGAAGACCUGGAAAAAGUGACUGAAGGGAAUAGUGUAACAGCACAGAAAAGGGCUUGCAAUACAGCAACCUGUGUGACCCAUCGUCUGGCAGACUUCCUGAGCAGAUCAGGAGCAGUUGGCAAGAACAACUUUGUACCUACCAACGUGGGAUCUAAAGCUUUUGGCAGGCGAAGGAGAGACAUUCAGAUAUAAAACAUGGAAUGACACCAGGAAUAUGAUUGCCAUGAAACUGAAAUAAAUCAACUCCUUUUGAUUUCUUAUGAAAGCAACUUGCAACUCUUCUCCAUAAAUCAAGGCCAAAUAGAGUUUCAUUUUUGCAUCCUUCUAGUAUUUAAAAAUGUUUUGUUUAAAACAAAGUACUUCUGUUACGUAUAUUAAAAGAGAAUCUAAUUAUUCAAGUUAAAUUAUUGUAUAUUCUUUUUAUAUGCAAUUGUAUUUCAAAUAAAAUGUGACAGCAUCUAUUAUUUAUUUCUCUUCUAGCAUAUCUGUGAUCCAUGCUAUUUAUCUUGGCAUUACUGCCAAAUCUCGGGGAUUACAUUAAGUUGCUGCCUCUCAAGGCAUAUCUGUAAAAUAUGGUGUGCUGUGCCUUGAUGUAAAACAUUUAACUAACAUAAUUGUACAGUAUGUUUAAAAAAACACUUCAAUAUUGUAUCAUUUGUGAAUUUGCGCAAAAUUAAAGUAUUUUAGAUACACUUGGAUUGAGAAACUGAUUUUUCAUUUUUGUUAGUUUAUUACGUAGCUUUUUGAAACAUC